AUGGAUAUUGCUGUUGCGUAUCUCCAAUGCUGUGACUGGAAUAUCGAAGGAGCGGUUUCGUUGUUUUUUGAUAACGGAGGAGCUCCACUGGUAAAUGAGCCAAUCAUAGGGACGGAUGAUAAUAACCUGAGUGGACUUGUGAAUACUCCUGCCAACUGCAAUCACUUUGCUGAGGGUAUCAAACCAUUGACUUCAUCCACUCUUGUGUACAAGGAAGAGUGUGUCUAUUGUUUUUCCAAAUGGGAUCAAAACAAAGGAAUCGACGUCUGUCUUACCUGCUACCAGGGAUUCUGCACGGGUUCUGCAGAACACUCCCGCUUCCACUUCAAAAAAUCGGGCCAUCCGCUCUAUCUUCGUCUUUUCCGUCAUGAACUCCCUUCCCCUGCUCCCGCCUCCACAUCCGCAGAAAACGCCGAUUCCUGCCCAGAAAAACUCACGAAGCUCGCAAUCGGCGUGGAAGGAGGCGCUUUACCCCCCUCUCCGAUCUACGAAACGGACAUGCAAGUCGUGUGUCUGGCUUGCGAUCUUACGAUGCCAGCGCCAGACUUCGUUGUGUUUGAUCCUGUUUGUGACACACAGGUGCGUGAAAUCGGGGAGCGGAUCUUGUUGAGCGCGUCUGGCGAGAAAGAAAAAGAGCUGAGUCAAUGGGAGGCGGAGAACGCGAAGCCAUGUCCGCACUGCGAGGCCUAUCAACGCCCCGAUCCCUGUCCACACGUCGAUCUGAGUGAGAAUCGCUGGGAACGCUGA